AUGUCAAUGACUUUAAUCGUGUUACGAGACAAGUAUCCAGCAAUGUUCGUUAAUGAUGAGAAAAUUAAAGGACUCGUUAAGCAACUUACUUCUUUGCUGGCAAUAACCAUUGUCAUCAUCAACAACGUUCUUCAGCCUAUUCUUUCUGCUAAUUUCUCUUGCAGCACUAAAACCCUAGAUUGCAUCAAGCUCAAGGCCAUUGUGUUCAAAUUUAAUGUGUAG